AUGCCAAAACGAAAACGAACCCAGGCCGCCGCAGCAGGUCAACUGCCCUUACGUAGAAGCGCCCGCUUAAUUGAGAAGCGCCAGAAUGAACUUGCGCAGACGCAGGCUCAGGCUCAGGCUCAACAGAAUAACAACCAGGGAGCCAAUAAUCAGGUACCACAACAGCCACAGCAGCAACCCCAACAACAGGCUCAGCAACAAGCUCAAGGACAGGCCCAAGGACAGAUUCAACAGCAUGUUCAACAGCAACCUCAGCAACAACCUCAGCAACAACCUCAGCAACAACCUCAGCAACAACCUCAGCAACAACCUCAGCAACAACCACAGCAACAACAGGCUCAGCAGCAAGGUCAAGCGCAAGCUCAACAACCGCAAUUACAACAGCAACCACAGCCUCAACAACAACCAGCCCUGAAUCCACCACCCCAAGCAGCCCCGGGACAACUAGCACAAGAUGCCCAAAACAGACUACAAGACAAAAUCAAACGAGCGAAGAACAACCCGGGCAUCCAGCACUGGAUGGCCCACAACCGCUGGCCGCAAGGACCACCGGCGGAACGGUUCGGCCAGGUCGAUCCACAGCUCCUCCCCCUCAAACGAUCAAGAGGUUCCGUCCAGGCUCGGGCGGCCGCAGAGGCAGACUGGGAAGUUGAAGAGGAGCGAGCACGCUCGCCGGAGCGGGACGAAGCUGAUUACACCGUGGCAAAUUGCACAGCGAUAUUGAAAAAGUAUCGCGUCCUCACACGGGACCGCCAGGCUGGUGUUCCGAGGAAGGUUAGGACUCUCUGCGCGGAUCUGCGGGCGAGGGAUGCGGAGUUACCCAAGGAUACAGUCUUCGAGCUCGAGCCCUUCCUAAUGACCUGUGAGCGGCUCCUGACGAAGAAUAACAAUGGGGUGAACAGGUUGAUUGGCGAGCUACUCGUUCCAUCAGCGGAGACCGCGAUUGAUCGCGGUCUGUCCCAAUUCCAGCACUAUGCCGUGGGCAUGAGCGAGAUAUGGACGCUAAUGACUCCACUGACGGACGACGGCCAAGAAAUGCUACCAAUCCCUCAGCCCGAUUAUGCCGUAGGAUUCUCGCAAGAAGCCUUUACAGAGGAACAGCUUGAGAGACUCGGGCCGUACUCUGGCCUCGAGUCCAUCUUCCGGCCAACGGCGACAAUGAACUUUCCCUUCCUCACGACAGAGAUCAAAUCGAGGCAGCUGCUCGACAUGGUGGAUGUCGAGAAUACGUAUAGCGCGGCGCUCGCGGUAGGGGGUGUAGUGGCGCUAUUUAGGAUAGUUGGGCGCGAAGAGGAACUCCACAAGGAGGUCCUUGCAUUCUCAAUCUCGCAUAGCCACCGCAUCGUCAGGAUCUAUGCUCACUAUGUGAUGUUCGAUAACGGUGCGGUCUCCUACUAUCGGCACUUAGUCCAUGAAUAUACGUUAACGCCAAGGGAUAUCAGCCAGAGAUGGGCAUCGUACAAGUUCGUCAUGGCGGUAUACAACGAGUGGGCACCUGUGCACCACGCCAGGCUCUGCUCUGUGAUUGAUGAUCUGCCGGUCCCUGCGGAGCAGGACAGGUCGGAAUCUGACUCGGAGAGUUCUGAGGACUGA